GAUUGUGUUUGUUUGCAUGUGAGGGAGGCAGAGACCCACGCAGGAGGGCUUCAUGCUGGACUGAGGGGAUAGAGUGGGAUUCCCAGUCAUUCCGGUGGAGGAUCAUGACCAAGCUGGCUGCAGGACAGCAAUGAACCCCCUCCCCACAUGCUUUGGAUAAACUCCUUCCAGCCCGGAUUUAUCAUGGAAUAGAUUGGAGACGCUGCGCUUUUUCUGGGGGGGGAAUUAUCGCUGUGGAUUUGGCCUUUAAGGAUUGGUCAGCUGGUCGAGGAGUCAUGGGAGGCCUUCCAGCAACUGAUGCCUGUGCUGACAGUCUCUGCUGAGGAGUAGAGGUCCAGCAUGUAGCAGAGGCAAACACGUCCCUUCACGCCUGGGAAAAGUCCGACAUCGUAAGUUCAUCAUGGGGAACUCGUAUGCCGGGCAGCUGAAGUCGGCUCGAUUUGAGGAGGCUCUCCACAACUCAAUUGAGGCAUCUCUGCGCUCCAGCAGCGGAGAUCCACAACCCAUCUUCACACAACUCUACCUGGAGCCAGAACCGUGUCAAGAUGGGAAGCCGAAAGCUAACACAACGGGGAGCGACAGCGUCAAUGGUCACUCCUCCAAUGACCUUGAAGAAGCAGAAGAGGACGACGACUCCGACAGCAGCAGCCCUCCACUUCCUUAUCUGCAGACCCCAGCGCCGGAAGGUUGCUGCACACUGGACGAUUCUCACACUGACUGGAAAAAACAUCCUUCUCUCUUAGGAUUCUGUCAAGCUGGGAAGGACAUCCGCCUGGUUUCCAUAGCAACAGAGUCAAUCGAAGUCCCAGCGGGCUUCGAGCUCGUUGGUGCCAAGUCCCCCAGUGUUCCCGAGCACAUUUUGGUGUGUGCCGUGGACCGCCGCUUUCUGCCUGACGAGAAUGGGAAAAAUGCACUUUUAGGUUUUUCGGGAAACUGCGUGGGCUGCGGUGAAAAGGGCUUCAGAUACUUCACUGAGUUCUCCAAUCACAUCAACCUGAAGUUAUCCACACAGCCCAAGAAGCAGAAGCACUUAAAAUACUACCUGGUGAAGAAUUCUCAGGGUGCUCUGUGCAAAGGACCCCUCAUUUGCUGGAAAGACAGCAAAACCCGUCAGUUCCCCAGCAGUGCGACAUCCUCCAAACCCAGUUUGUCCUCCUCGCUGAGCAGCAAAGAAAACGGAGGCUCCAACGGACACAGCUUGUCUCCGUUUUCACUCUCAGAUUCUCCCCCCACCAGAGCAACACAAACAUCUGCCUUCUUCAGCAGUCAGGACCUUGGAAAGGAUUGUAGCUUCCUCAAACCUCUGACCUCCACUCCUGGAAAUAAGACUCUGCCGAUAGUACCCACAGCUCUUAGGGUAAACGGACCGACCAACGGCAUCGGUGUUGAAUUGCAUCCUCCCCUACUGAGCCCCUCCCAGGUCUCCCUGGGACCCCAGGGUCAGGGGUGUCGGAGUGCAGAUUUAGGGGACAGCCCAGUUUCUUCGGCCAUGAACUCCGGUCCUCCGAAGAAGCGCCACCGCAGCUGGCAUCCCAGCUCGCUGGUGCCGGUCCCGCCCACAGCAGUUCCUGUUCCUGCCAUUCGGCCCAUAGUUUGUUCUUCAGGUUCUGUGUUGGCGGUGUCGUCUCCGCAGCCUCCGGUCUCAGCCGUCAUUCAGCCGCAGCCGGUCACCGCCGGAGAAACCGUCAUCAUCCCUGACAACCUGCUCAACUCCUCAGGAGUCCGACCUGUCAUCCUCAUCGGUCAUGGCACUUUACCUUAUUUCUAUGGAAAUGUUGGCGACAUAGUAGUGAGCCCCCUGCUGGUCAGUUGCUAUAAGAGCAGCCAGCUGACAGAAAAAACCCUGGAGACUUUGGGGCUCCACCGCAGCCAGAUGCUCAGCGUGGAGACCACCAUCCUGCUCACCUUACAGUAUCUUGGACGGUUGGGCCCGGAGCAGAUCCCUUUGCGUGAGGAGCUGGAGCAGAUCGUGUUGAAGGCCAUGCUGUGCUGUCCCGGCAGCCCCGCCAUCACUCCGUCACAGCUGCCGUGGCUGGCCCGCCUGGAAGCCAGCGUCUCUGGGGGCACCGUCCAGGUUGUGGUGACCCACAGCUCUCUGGGGGAGGGCAUCUCUGAGUCCCUGCGUUCUCUCCGUGAGGGUCCUCGCCAUCAGCGAAGCCUGCCAACCUACGUGGUGGUCAUUUGUGCCUCGAAAAUGAGCGGGAACGAGUUCUGCGUGCUGGUUUUGGGGAAAUAUCAAGCGCGAGCUUUAGCCGAAGGCAUGCUGACCACCAACGAGUUCCUGAAAGAAAUCAGCUACGAGCUCAUCACCGGGAAAGUCAGCGUUCUGGCCUCUCACUUCAAAACCACCUCUCUAGGAGACAAUCUUGACAAGCAGCUGGUGCGAUACCAACGCAGACGGAAAGGACAGGUCACCCUGCCCUAUCAGGGCGAUGUCCCCGAGCACUUCCACUGCCAGGAGGCUGCCAGCAUGUUGCCGCUGACAGACGCAGUGGAACCUUUGCAGAAGAUCUUUCAGAUCUUUCCAGCCCAGCUGAGUGUGGCUCGAAGUCUCCUCUCCCAAGUCUGCUCCAUCGCCGACUCUGGGUCCCAGAACCUCGACCUGGGACGUUUUUCUAAGGUGGACUUCCUGGUUUUGGUCCCUCCGUCUCACAUCCUGGUCCACCAAACCGCACAGCGAAUCCGACAAUCAGGGGUGCUCGUGGAUUUGGGAAACGAGGACGUUUCCACAGCGAGCCAAAAAUCGGAAAAGUACGUGGUGCGUCUGGACUCUGACGUUCACGCCAGGAUGGAGGCCUUCAUGAAGAAAGUCAAGCAGAACCCCUACACCCUGUUUGUUCUGAUUCAUGACAACGCACACGUUGACCUCACAAGUGCGUUGUCAGGCUCUGUGUGCCACGGAGAGCUGCAGGGUCUGGCUGAUCGAGUGGUGAACUGCCAAGAGGUCCUUGAGGCCUUGAACCUCUUGGUCCUUCAGGUUAGCUGCUUCCCUUACACCCUGCAGACGCGGCAGUCCCGCAUCAGCAUCUCCAACGAGAUUCAUUGGCCUUCUGCUGAAAGUCUGCAGAGGGAGCAGUGUCCCAAUGAGCUGGUGUACUUUGGCCUGAGGGACUACAGCAGCUCCCUGCAGUGGGGCGUGGCCAGCCCCAUCCUGCGCUGCGAUGAGGCCUUUGAGAAAAUGGUCCUCACUCUGCUGGAGAGACACUCUCACCUGCACAGCAUGGUGGUCCGCAGCUUCCUGCUGAUUCAGCAGUACACCGAGGCGAUGAUGGCUCUCACCUCCUCCCCGUCCCUGAGAGACCACAUAACCCCAGAGACGCUGGCCAUGGUGGAGGACCUGAUUAACACUCCUAGCAAAGAGAGCUCACAGGGUUGCGGCCACAUGCUGCUAGUGCGCGUCCCCUCGCUGCAGCUGGCCAUGUUGGCCCGAGAACGGCUGGAGGACGUGAGGGACAAGCUGGGGCUGCAGCUCUGCUUCGCCGUGCUGCUGGGAAGUCCUGCGUCUGAGCUGAGCCUGUCCAGAAACUUCAUCAGUCGCCUCAAGGCAUGGAGAGGCUGUGAAAAUGAGGACUGGGUACCACACACCUAUGAGGACCUUGAAGGGCUGCCCUGCAUUGUCAUCCUCACAGGAAAAGACCCUCUUGGAGAGACUUUCCCCAGGUCUUUGAAAUAUAGUGACCUGCGCCUGAUAGACUCCAGUUACCUGACACGCACAGCCCUGGAGCAGGAGGUGGGUCUGGCCUGCACCUAUGUGUCCGUGGACGCGGUCCGGGACCCCAAGUUGGGGAUGGCGUGUCGGGAAUCAGACGCAGAAAAGGCUGCCACCAGUAUGAAUGAUGGGGAAGAGCUGGAGAGGCCUCACAGCAAUGGCAGCGCCGCAACCAGGACGUCAGGCUCUCUGGUUGAAAAUGGAGUGAGCUCAUCUGACAUCGCAGACUCCUUCCAAAAGCCCUCCACCUCCAGCUCCCACCCCGGGGAUCCCGUCACCUCUGACAUCGGCACCCUAACACAAGUAUUCAAGCAGGAGUGCGACUCUCUUGGAAGCCAGCUUUCCUCCAACCCCUGUAAAGCCUCCAACGCCCUCCCGUCUCUCUACUCCAGCUCCUCAUCUUCCUCCCCCUCCACAUCUUCUUCCUCUGGCCAGAAGCCCAGCCAGUCCACACAGAGCGGCCAACCGCCGUCCUCCCCCAGAGUGUCUCCGCGGACAGUCAUCCUGUCCAGAGCCGCUUACAACCUCUUGGCAGGGGAGUCGGCGAGUCAGCUGAGCUCCGUCUCCCUCCUGCCUCACGCAGAUGUGUCCUGGAGCAGCCCGCUGAGGCCUGUUUUCACUCACGACCUGCAGGGGGCGGAGCAGAGCGCGCAUUACCGCCAGUGGACCGUCGCUAGGCAGCACCAUGCUGAUUAUGAAGCGUCACCGGUGCCCCAUCCCAGACGCCUGCUGCUCAGUGGACCACCACAGGUGGGAAAAACGGGUGCUUAUUUACAGCUUCUGCGUCUCCUUCAUCGAAUGCUUAUAAGGCUGUUGGAGGUAGAUGUGUACGAUGAAGAGGAGGAGCAUGAAGAGGACGAAAGUACAGCGGUAACAACUGCAGGGAAUUCCCAAUGGCCUGAUGUUGAGGAAAUUCGAAAGAUGCCCUUUGAUCCCACCCCCCGAGAUCCUAAGUUCAGGAAAGCCAGCCCCGUUUACUCUCCCAGGAUCCCCAGGUUCUUCAAAGACCUUAGGCAGGAAGUAGAAAGCCAAACGCCAACCAAGCGGCUGACCAAGUCAAUCCGGCUCAGUAGGUUUGCAGCUCACAACGCCUUUCAUCACUGUGAGCAGUGUCACGCCUACUGCGAGGCAGGUCCUGCUGCACAGCUGUCGGAGUGCACCUUCCACGCUUUCACCUUCUCCUCGUCCAUGCUUGGAGAGGAGGUCCAGCUUCAGUUUUUCAUCCCUAAAGCCAAGGAGAAGCACUUCGUCUUCAGUCAGGAGGGCAGCCACCUGGAGUGCCUGCGUCUGCCUCUGGUGUCCACAAAGGAUCCCGAUCUUUUAAAAAGUCCGAUCUUCACCCCGACAACGGGACGCCAAGAGCACGGCCUGCUGAACCUUUUCCAUGCCAUGGAGGGCACCUCCCACCUGCACAUCCUGGUGAUCAAGCAGUUCGAGAUGCCCCACUACAGGAAGUACUGGCCCAACCACAUCCUGCUCGUCCUGCCAGCGAUGUUCAAUAACGCUGGAGUGGGUGCUGCUCGCUUCAUGAUCAAAGAGCUGUCGUACCAUAACCUUGAGCUGGAGAGAAACCGCCUGGAAGAGCAAGGCGUCAAAAGGCAAGAUGUAUGGCCUUUCAUUGUGAUGAUGGACGACUCCUGCGUGCAGUGGAACGCCCACCAGUCAGCAGAUGGAAGUGACGCCUCAGAUCCAAGCCCGUCGUCGACCAACGUGUCGUUGAAGUCGGUGCUGCAGCACAUGGAAAACACCCCGAAAAUCCUACUGUACGCCAUGUGCGGGAUCUCCAAGUGGAGCAGCAGCCUGGCCAGCAAGACUCCUAGCAGGCCCUUCAGUCGAUGCCACCUGCACGACUUUGUCAUGCUGAACGUGGACCUGACGCAGAACGUUCAGUAUGACCUUAACCGUUAUGACUGUGAGGAAGUAGACAUUAACCUGAGGAUUAACAGCAGUGGCUUACUGCUGUGCCGCUUCAACAACUUCAGCCUGAUGAAGAAACACAUUCCAGUCGGAGGAAACAAGGAUUUUGUAGUCAAGCCCAAACUAAUGGAAAUUGAGAAUCCAGCAACAUUUAUCCCAUCCCAGUACGUCUGCGCCCCCGACAGCGAGCAGACCCUCUUAGAUGCUCCGGCCCAGUUCCUGCUGGAGAGGUUCCUGCUGAGCUGCAGCCACAGACUCUUUCCAAAGGCGGUCCGGAACCGAAACAACCCAGUUCUGUCCAUUGACAGUUACCUCAACCUCAGCCCGGAGAUCUCUGUGUGCUACAUCAACUCUCGCCCACACUCCACCAACCUGAACCAUCAGGGUCUGGUGUUCAGCGGCCUGCUGCUUUACCUCUGCGACUCCUUUGUUGUCUCUGGACUCCUGAAAAAGUUCCGUUUCCUCAAAGGCGCCACUCUCUGCGUGAUCUGUCAGGACCGCAGCUCCCUACGUCAGACCAUCGUCCGACUGGAGCUGGAGGACGAGUGGCAGUUCCGGCUGCGGGACGAGUUUCAGACGGCCAACUGCAGUGAGGAUCGACCCCUCUACUUUCUGACCGGACGACACGUUUGAACAGCUCAAGGGUUCAGCUGGAAGACAGAAAAAAGGGCAGACCACGCGAGCAACCGCCUCUCUCUCCAGACCCUUGGACGUUUCUGUUCUUACCUGUGGCUCUUGGUACGGUCCGGUCUGACUCAUCUCUAUGCCGAAGAGAAAGAAAAACACAGCUGAAUUUGAACUUUUUUUGUUGCCCUUUUCAAAUAUGAACACCCUCCAAUCAGACGGGACUACUUGAAGACUGCGCGUGUUCAUAAGCUUUAAAUCCAGCAUGUCCACUUCUGGAUGUGCGUGUUUAUCUCAGGGUUUUUGGAAAAAUGGGAGAUUUGCUGGACGCGGCUCGGAAGCAGGUUCAAAGUGUAGAUUUGGUUUGAACUUAACUCGGCGCCAAAGACUCAGCUGCACCUUGCCCCCCCCCCUUUUUUUCCCCCGUGUCUGUCCCGCCUGCUCUGCCUCGUCUUAACUGUUACUAAAAUAUAAAGAGAUUUUUGCUUUUGUUGCAUUUCUAUAAUCAUUACCAGUGGGAUUGGAACCAUGUAAUCCAGCACAUGUAAAGGUUUCUUUUGUGCCUCUUAAAAAUGCCCAUGCCAUUGAUAAUCUUCGAUGAGACGCUGUGUGACUGCAACGCGGAUUUUCCAAAUGAUUGUCUGUCGUCGCAAGAGAAAGUUUACAAGUUGUGACUUUUGAAGAAUGUACCACCCCAGUGUUGUUUUAAGAUGUAAGUCACUCAUGUUUGAGCAAGACUUAGAAACAAAUUUUGCUGAUGGAAAUGCCCUUAAAUCAGAUGAAUUCGAGUCAUAAUCCAGCUCCUUCACUGCCACGGAUCCCGCCGGGCUCUUCGGCUCCUUUUGUGGGAGUUUACCGGCUCUUUGUACUGCGCCAGCUUUGGCUGCCAUUCCACUUUGAACUGGUUUCAAAGGGCAGUCCAAGAACAACCGCUGCCAAAAGCAGCUCACCGGGUCAGUUUAUAUACUUGAAAGUGUUUUGUUUGUGUGUCUUUCUCCACAGGGUUGCCUAAAGAUUGUCCCCUUAAGUGACGUUUUACACAGAAACCACCCAUUUUGGCAGAAAUUGGGAUUACAUUUGGACUUCGGUUCUGUUUAAAGUUUUGUUUACAUUAAUAUAUAUUAUCCCAUGUAAUUUCUUUCAGGACUCAUGUUGCCAGUUUCUAUUCUUUCUGCAUUUCAUGUUGCAGACGAGAAGAAUCUACCUAGAUUUAUCUAUAAACAAAUGUCCCUCUUUGUUCUUCUACUUUAUUUUCUUGUAUAUUAAAUUUGUGUCCAAGAGGGAUUUUUAAGUUAUUUGAUGCGAGUUUUGGACUAAGAAUCACGCCGGAGUGUGCCGUUUGGUCGCGCGUUAAAAGAGGGCCUCCCUCCCUUGGAAAACCGUGGCGGACGGCUUUGCACAGACGGGAAGAAUGGUCGAUCGGUUGAAUGUCACUGAGAGUCGUAGUGAACUUGCACUAUUUCAAGUUUAAAGUUUAUCAGCAGAAUAGUUGCUCCCCCUUUGUUGUCGUUUUCCACUGCUACACAGAAUCGGCUUCUCCUUUUUGUUGAUUGAAGACUUCUUAUGCAACUUGCUCUCACAAUCGUCACGGUUUGAUGUGUUUGUGCAGCCUCGCGGUAGCCUUGGUGCCUGGUUGAUCUACCUCAUGUUUGCCAUUGUGGUUGCAGGCUUUGUAUAUUGUGAUACCAGUAGAGCUCUGCUAUUGAUGUUGAAAAUUGAAGAUUGUAAUUAAAGGACUUCUACAUCAUUUCAUUGAUUUUUUUAUUGAUUUUUUUCCCCCCAAACAUCUCUUUGCGGCUGUGGAGCAAAUGGAGUUUUUGUAGACAUUUACGUGAAUUCCCCCCUGCACAUGUAACACGUUGCUCAUUUGACUGCUGCACUUUGUGUGCAGACAGCCGAGCACAAACAGCAGAAACCCGGUUUGCCACAGCUGCCAGGAUUACGUUUCAGCUGCAGCAAAGUGACUAAAUCUCUGGGCUUAAAGGACUGUUGCCAGUGUAUCUUAUGAAUCCUAAUAUUGGGUCAGCGUCAUGGAGGAUGGAAGCCAUCAUUUGAGGAGCUUUUAGGCAGAGUGAUGUUUUUGUUUGCUAUUAAAAAGCCAAGUUCCUAA